CACCUUUCGCAAUGGCUCUCCCCAGGGACCGCUUUCGUGCUCUCUCGUGGGCUAGUCAGCUUCUAGCCCAUCAAAGACCGUCUUGGAAAUGCGCUUCCUGCAGGACAUCGCGUCUAACUUCCGCGGCUCUUCCGCGUAGAUUUGCGACAUCGGCGUCUGAAGGAACGAAGAAGCCUUACUAUGUAACGACUCCUAUUUUCUACGUCAACGCGGCACCCCAUAUCGGUCAUCUGUAUACUAUGGUCAUCGGGGAUGUGGUGAAAAGAUGGCGGACACUCAAUGGAGAAUCGGAUGCUCAAUUCUUGACUGGAACCGAUGAACACGGAAUGAAGAUCCAACAAGCCGCACUCGCCGCGGAUAUGGACACCCAAGCUUUCUGCGAUAUGAACUACAAAACAUUCGAGGCUUUGGCAAAAGCCGCGAAUCUCGAUAACAACUAUUUCAUUCGAACGACCGAGCCGGCGCAUAAGGAGGCAGUUCAGUAUUUCUGGGAAAUGCUGAGCCACCGGGGCUACAUUUAUACCGCCAAGCACGAAGGCUGGUACUCUGUCAGCGAUGAAACAUUUUAUCCCCCAGCCCAGGUGCAGAACUCACUAGAUCCAACCACCGGACGGAAAAGAAUGGUGUCAGUCGAAACCGGAAAAGAAGUGGAGUGGUCCUCGGAAACAAACUAUCACUUCCGUCUGUCUGCCUUUCAAGAGCGCCUGUUGGACCUGUACAAGACGGAUUUUAUUACCCCUUCGAAUUACGCUACGGAUGUGGUCAAAUCGGUUUCUUCAGGCCUUCAAGACCUAUCAAUUUCCAGACCUGUAGAUCGGUUGAAUUGGGGCAUCCCUGUUCCGGGAGACGAGACGCAGACAAUCUAUGUCUGGCUUGAUGCGCUGAUCAACUACCUGACUAAGGCAGGCUAUCCAUUCCCUCCUGGUCAAGAGGGAAGACUUGGAUGGCCAGCCAAUGUACACGUUGUCGGCAAGGACAUUGUUCGAUUCCACUGCGUGUAUUGGCCCGCCUUUCUGAUGGCAUUGGAUCUUCCUCUGCCUCGCAAUGUCCUCGUUCACGGACAUUGGACUAUGAACCACGAGAAGAUGUCGAAAUCCACGGGAAACGUGGUUAACCCGUUUUUCGCCAUCGACCGGUUCGGCGUCGACACCAUGCGUUUCUUCCUUGCUUACCAAGGUGGCCUCGCGGGAGAUUCCGACUAUGACAAUCAAUACAUUAUCCGGGAUUACAAGAAAGUACUGCAAUGGGGAAUCGGGAACCUGGCGUCACGAGUAGUGGGGUCCUCCAAAGGCAAACUCCGGACACACAUCGUUAACGGGACUUCCGACAGUCUUGCGCCGGCUAAUGAGGACGAUCUCGCGUACCAGAAACUGCUUGAGGAAACCCCCAUCAAGGUGGCGGAGCACAUGGAGAAACUCAACCCGCGAGCAGCUCUGCAAGAUAUCAUGGCCUUAAUUGAACAGGCCAACAAGUACAUCCAUGCAUCUGAGCCCUGGAAGGGCGCGGAAAACGCCCCCCGCUGUCUGUACAACGUUGCCGAGUCGCUACGAAUCACCGGCAUCCUGCUGCAGCCAUUCAUGCCCACCAAGGCCAAGGAAAUUCUAGACUACCUCUGUGUAGACAGCACGGAUCCCUCCAGACGGAGAUUCUCGGCUGCGAAACUAGGUUCAGAUCCAAACUAUGGGGAAGGCGUCCGAAAGACGGUCCUGUUCCCCCCUCUUAUCUCUGAGGAGUAAGACAUGUUUAGUGUCGUGAUUCUCCGAUU